CGGUUGAAAGAUUGCCUAAGGAUCCCAGAUUUAAAAUUUUGCCUGCUCAUCAAUUCCACCUAACCAAAGAAGCCAAAAGAAAGAAUGACCCACUUAUUUUUAAGGAAUUAUUAACUGAACUAACUAAUUUUAAAGGUGAGUUAGUUUUUAUACCCGUUAAUAAUCCCAACUUCCAUUGGAGUUUAUUAGUAUUUGAAGUUAAAACUAAGAAACUUUACCAUUAUGAUACUUUGGGUGGAGCCAAUUAUCAAUAUGUGAAACCCUUAGUGAGGGAAUUGUUGGAGCAGAUUAGAGGAGUGAGGAAUAUUAAGGAGGAGUAUUUAAGUAAAUAUUUUGUGCCGAAGCAUGGGAUUAGACAAAAUAAUGGCUCUGAUUGCGGUAUUGCUGUGAUUGCUAUUAUGAGGAGGAUUAUUGAAUUAAAGAAUCAGAGUUGA